ACUUGACCAGUCGGGCAAAUAAUCACACCCGGUUGCUAAAUUUGGCCUUCUUCUUCGUUGCUCUCAACUAACAGCAUCGAAAUGACGCGAGUUCUUGUAACCGGUGCGUCCGGUUUUCUUGCAAUGCACGUUGUGAAGCAGCUGGUGGACUCGAGGGAAUACAUCGUGCGAGGAACGGUUCGUAGUCUAACAAAUGAAAAGAAAGUGAAGCCUUUGAAAGAGCUGUCCUCAGAGCUUGAAUUGGUCGAGGCAGAUCUUACAAAGAAAGAAUCUUGGAUUGACGCCGUUAAGGACUGCACUUAUGUGAUUCAUGUGGCAUCUCCCUUCCCGGCUGCAACUCCAAGAGAUGAAAUGGAGGUGAUUGGGCCCGCAGUAGAUGGAACGAAGAACGUGCUUGAAGCCUGCGCCAAGACCAAGGGCGGCGUGAAAAGAGUUGUACUCACAAGCUCUUGUGCUGCAGUCUAUGGCGGGCGCGCUGGUGAAGACCAUCUCUUUAAUGAGGAAGACUGGGCUUCUGAGGAAGAGAGCAUCCCUUAUGAAAAGAGCAAGCUGAUGGCAGAGAGGGCAGCAUGGGAACUAGUCAAGAAUUUACCAGGUUACAAUGUACCCACUCGAGUGGCUCCAACAUUCUUGCUGAAGAUUACUUCGUGGUUUGAUCCCACAGUGAAGAUGAUCAUACCUGUUCUGAACAAAGAAGUGAGGUUGGACAACAAAAAGAUAAAAGAAGAUUUUGGAUUUCAGUUUCGGGACGAGAAGACAACCAUACUUGAUAUGGGGUACAGUCUUAUCGACAGCGGUUUUAUCAAAGCAACGCCAAAAUAUCAGGAAAUGAAAACACAGCAGAGCACUGCUUCCAACUAGCUGUAGACGGUCACGCUUAAUGAUUUCGUUACUGCCUCCGUUGUUCGCAGUUAUGAUUACGCUGGGUGUCAUGUUAGGCUAAUUAACGUCGUAGUAUAGACAUUUAGAUUAGAUAAAGACUGUCUAACCAAGGCUUUCAAGCCUUUUAUGAUCAUGUGAAACUGUUUUAUGUUACGUUGUAAACACUUUUAAUUAGACUAGUUAUGGAGGAUACAGACGGGCUAUGAGGCAGUAAGCUCAUAUUUUUAGAUAGAAAAUGAGAAUCGCCUCAUUCAGCCAGUCUUACAACCAAGAUAAUAUUUACUUUUACACUAUUUGCACCUUUGACUGCAAUAUUAAGACUUAUUUUACCCUAAGUAUAGGCAAAACCCGAAUACAAGAAUGGUGUUGUUAUCGUUUAGACGUCUGCAAGUAUAUUUUUUAAUCGGUAGUUGCCAGACGGGAAAGUAAACAACAUGUUUGACUGAUGUAUAUGUGUUUCAAACAUCAAAUACAAAACAAAAAAGAAUUAUCUGA